AUGUACGGCCUCUAUUUGGAAGCAGUGAACGAUUACAUCAAUGAAUCCUAUGGAGAGGAUGUUUGGAGACUGAUCGAGAACCGAGCAGAGAUACCCCACCUCAAGUUUGUCAGACAUCAGAUGUAUAAUGACAAUCUGAUCCUGCGGUUGGCAAAGGCAGCAGGCGAGGUUCUGGGAAAGACCCAUGAUGAGCUGAUGUACGCCUUCGGGGUCUAUAUGGUCAAGAGGAUUGGAAACUAUGGAUAUGAACGCAUCCUGAAGGUGUUAGGGCGAAAUGUGCGUGACUUCAUCAAUGAGCUGGACAACCUGCACGAGUACUUUCGCUUCUCCUUCCCCAAAGUGCAGCCCCCAAGCUUCUGUGUGGAAGAGGAAUGUGAGACGAGCCUUACACUGCACUACCGCAGCACCCGCAAGGGUUUCACCCAGUUUGUCAAAGGGCAGCUGUCUCAAGUGGGGCGCCAAUUCUACAACACAGACAUCGAAGUGGAAAUCUUGUCUAAAGAGGAAACCGAAAAAAUGACGUAUGUGGUCUACAAAAUGAACUUUGACAAUGCCGCUUUCAAGCAUCGCAUGCCCCAACAGAAGACAGCGCCCGGCUACGAGAAGCUACCUAUGAAGCGAGGUAUCUUUUUUGACAUGUUUCCCUUCAGCGUUAUCUUCCGCCGAGACAUGACCAUGUAUCGCAUCGGUGACGGCCUCAAAGAGGUCUUCUCUGACCUCCAGGGCAAGAAAGUCAACGAGGAAUUCACUCUGAUCAGGCCGAUGCUGGAGUUCAGCUGGGACAAUAUCUACACCCAUUUGAACAAUGUGUUUGAGCUGUUGUCUAAAGCGGUGGUGGAGAGCAAGCAAAAGGUCAACAUCCCCAAAUUGAGCAAGGAGGAGCCAGAGGAGAAGGAGGAUAAUGAGAAAGCAAAGAGGGAAGAAGAAAGAGAGCCGAAGGCAUUGGAGGAGAUGAAGGGCACAGACCAAGAGUAUAGCAGUGCUCUCACCCAGUACAACAGCUCUGCCAACUCUGGAGGGGAGGAUAUUGAGCUGCUGGCAUUCCAGACUGUCACCGGUAAAUGUAGUGAAACCAUCUUCGAGGACAUGCGGGAGCCCCCAAAAAAGCCUCUCCACCUCAAGGGCCAGAUGAAAUAUGUCCCCCAGUGGGAUUCCCUCAUCUUCUUGGGGACACCAAUUAUUGAGACAGUGGAAGACAUGAUAAAGAUGGGUGUGUACGUAAACGAUCUGAACCUGCAUGACUCCAGCAGAGAGCUGAUUUUAGCCGGGACGCAGCAAUCGGCUGAGCUACAGCUGGCACUCGAUCAGGAGCAACAAAAGUACGCUCAGCUGCAGGAAAUCAUCAAGAAGUUGGACGAAGAGAAGAAGAGAGGAGAUUCCUUGUUGUACGCCAUGAUCCCCAAAGCUGUGGCCGACCGCCUCAGGAAGGGGAUCACUGCACUGGAGACAUGCCAGGUACAUGACAACGUGACCAUCCUGUUCAGCGAUGUGGUCAAGUUCAACGAGAUCUGCAUCCACAUCACACCCAUGCAGGUGGUGGACAUGCUCAAUGAGAUUUACAUCGUCUUUGACACGCUCAGCGAGAAACACAAUGUUUACAAGGUGGAGACGAUCCGUGAUGCCUACAUGGUGGUGGCGGGUGUUCCUAACAAGACCACCUUUCAUGCACACCACAUCUGCGACAUGGCCCUGGACAUGCUCAGCUCCAUCGACCACCUUAAAGACCCCUCCACCGGGGAUAACAUCCAGAUCAGAGUUGGUAUCCACUCAGGUAUGGUGGUGGCUGGCGUGGUGGGUCUGAAGAUGCCUCGCUACUGCUUGUUUGGCGACACUGGCAUGCAGAUACACAUCAGUCAGACCACCAAAGACCACCUGGAACAUGAGCCCUAUAUCAUCGAGGAGAGGGGCAAAAUCUUUGUAAAGGGUAAAGGCUACAUGAAAACCUACUGGCUGAAAGGAAAGAAAGACCUAUCGUUCAAGACCCCGGCAGAGCUGCGCUACAGCAGUGAACAGAAAGACUCUGACGAUAAAAGCUCUAAUGGUUCCACAAGCACCAAUGCCAAGUGCAUGGCCUCCAACCUCAACAUCACAGGCAGUGAGGGGGAGCAAGCAGAGGGGAAGCCAAGCCCCAGCGACCUUCCACUGGACAACAUGCCUCCACCAGAGGCUGCUAACGAGCUCCCUGUCAUUUCAACUGAGCUUCAGGAAAAGGAGAAAGCCAAAAAGACUAAGAACAACAAGGCGACCAAGUUGGAUAUGCCUCAGGGAAACGCAAUGCCGGAGAAUUUGUCGCCGGCUGUUGGGCUGGAGAACCCGGGUCCUUUACUCAACAACAAGAGAAACAGCUUCAGGCUGCAGUAUACCAAGCUGCCUGCCAACCUACCCAUGCGAAGCACCGCCUGCUCCAUACUGUGA